UUUGGAUAUUCAAUAAUAAACAAGGGUUCAAUUUACUUUUCACCUUUCAUUCACCACUUUAACACCUGUUCACUAUCCGGCGUGUUAACUGCUGACAGUUUGAGCUGCGUCAGACAGUAUUUAGCUAACUAUAGCUUGUUAGCCAUAGCCACAAAACAGAUUAUUUUAGCUGACUGCUAACUUACUUAUCUGAGUUUGCAUGUGUUGUUAUUGUUGAGACGUAAGGUUACCGAAGUGUUUAUUUGCCUUCCAGCUACUGCAGCGGCACAGUAACGUUAUGCAAAGCAGGUGGUCAUGGCCUGGAAGUCGAGGACCCGCAGUCUGCAGGUGUUUGAUACGGAGCUGAGUGCGGACACGGUGGAGUGGUGUCCCAUCUCCCCGCGACACGAUGUCCUGGCCUGCGGGACGUACCAGCUACAGAGAGGGGCAGGGGAGGAGGAUGGCACCCCGAGCCGGACUGGUCGUUUGUACCUUUUUGAAUUUCGCAGAGAGGGAUCGAUGAGCCCACCUCUCACUGAGCUGCAGCGCAUGGACACAGCCGCCAUAUUAGAUUUGAAAUGGUGCCAUGUGCCUGUGUCGGGGAGGGCCGUGCUGGGAAUGGCAGCUGCCACUGGGGAGCUGCAGCUGUAUACUCUGUCAGACAGUCAGGAAGGCGGCCGCAGUCUGCAGACUCUGAGCAGUCUGGAGGUGGGAGCAGAGCGGCUGGCUCUGUCGUUAGACUGGUCCACUGGAAGAAUGGACAGCAGCAGUGAUGUGCGGGUGGUGUGCAGUGACUCUGCAGGCUGCAUCAGUGUGCUCUCUCUGGCUGAAAGCGCUCUGACGGCUCUGUCACAUUGGAAGGCCCAUGACUUUGAGGCUUGGAUCUCGGCCUUCUCCUACUGGGACACACAGCUGGUUUACUCUGGUGGAGAUGACUGUAAACUCAAAGGCUGGGAUCUCAGGGUUGGUCCCUCCAGCCCCACUUUCGUCAGUAAAAGGCACUCAAUGGGUGUGUGCAGUAUUCACAGCAACCCACAUCGGGAACACAUCCUGGCCACAGGCAGCUAUGAUGAGCAGGUUUUGCUGUGGGACGGCAGGAACAUGCGGCAGCCUCUCAGUGAGAGUCCCAUGGGUGGUGGUGUGUGGAGGCUGAAGUGGCAUCCGACCCAUCAGCACCUGCUGCUGGCAGCCUGCAUGCACAAUGACUUCCAUAUACUUCACUGUCAGCAAGCCCUAGAGGGCAGCGGAGGAGCUUGUCCACUUGUAGCCUCCUACAUCCUCCACAACUCCCUGGCGUACGGAGCCGACUGGUCCCGGCUGUCCCUGGAGGAACUUGCUCCCUGCUCCCCCGCCGCUGCAGAACCAAAGGAAAGUCUCACCGAGAGCCGAGGACACUUGAGGAUCCAGUACGAGUCUCCCACCGCCAGCUUUGAUACGUCACUGGAGGACGAUGCUGGACGAUACAUCCCGGAGGGCACCGCGCCGCCCUCUACCAGCUCUACCGCGGGCCCUGCUCCCAACCCCGACGGCGACACCUCUUCGGUCUCCUGUCUGCUGGCCAGCUGCUCGUUCUAUGACCAUAUGCUCCAUGUGUGGCGGUGGGACUGGGCUCCAGAUGAGGCUCCACAGGAAACAGAGCAGUGUUGACCAGGCUGGAGCACUGGCCGAGUUGACUCUUGAAAUAUCUAACGAAUGUACAGCCCAGCCACGACAUGGGCGUGACAUGCUGUUAUUCCACUCACCAUCUUUAUGAGGAUACGUCCCCACACUUUGGAAUAACUUCUCACACAAUAUGCAAUUAGAAAAACCCUAUAUUUUCAUAGACAACACUGAUUUUUUUUUUUUAUAUAAACUUGUAUUUGAAUGAGUGGUUAUAUAUCAUAUAGCUGCACCCACAUACCUUACUGUGUUAUAGCUUUUUUUAAAAAACACUUUGUGAUCAUGUUAAGGAAAGCUGCUCACAAAAACACCUUGCUUGAAAGUUUUAAACAAAAACCUACCAACAAGUACUGAUUUUAACACGUGCAUGGGGUGUGUGCUAAUGUGUCUGAUACCUUUAUCAAUCCUCAAAGGGAAACUCUCUUCAUAUUUUGGCCCAGAUUUGCUGGUUAAAGGUGCUGCUGCUGUUAGAUAAACCCCCUUUUAUUACAUUUAUCAAAAAAAAAAAAAGAGAAAUCUGAGGUAGUAACUUUCGUACUAUGAUGAUUUUGGAAACAUCAUCAAAGUGGUAUAUGAAAAUGUGUAGAGGCCACUUUUAUUCCUGGUUUUUUUUACACCUUCUCACCAAUAACGUUACCUAGACAACCUAUAGUGUCACUGCAUAUAUUAACUUGAACACAAGUGUGAACAUUUUUUGGACUUCAAGGGGGGGUUCUCAGCAAAAAUGAAUGACUAUACUGUAGAAAUCAUCUGUAUAAGCCAACAUGCAGGAUAACUUAUUGGGACGGUUAUGUGCAUGUACAUUUGAAUUAUGCUAUUUGUCACCAGCCCACGUUUGUCACAGACGCCUAUUUGAGAAUGCUUCUAUCAGUAGACAUGUAAAUGAUCACCAGCUCUGUUCACAACAGUUUUUAUCUAAAACAAUAAAAUGGUUUUUUUCAAGUGA